UCCACGCCACUCGUUCACUCCUUGUGCUCCGAACAGUGCAUUCUAGGUUAAACCCACCUCUGUCACAUUUUCCACCAUGAGUUACGACGAUUACAACGAUCAGUAUGAGACCUACGAGGACUACUCCGGCCCCGAGCUGCACGCCGAGCCGUAUGACAGAUACAGAACAGUCCCCGAGGUGGUCCGCAAGUUCCUCAUCUACUUCAGGAACUGCAUAAACGAGGGAAUGAUCUUCGAGAUUCAGAAUCUCUACGAGAACACCUUUCCCAAGAUAUCGGAGCAGUUGUUCGACAAGCAGCCGUGGCCCGAGGACUCGGACAUUGCUCACAUCGUCGAGAACGACUCGGUCUUCCUGAUCCUCUACAAGGAACUGUAUUACCGUCACAUCUACGCGAAGAACCAGCCAAGCCUGGAGCAGCGAUUUGGCUCGUUCUACAAUUACUGCGAUCUCUUCAACUACAUCCUCAAUCCAGACGAGCCAGUGCAGCUGGAACUGCCUGACCAGUGGCUCUGGGAGCUCAUCGACGAGUUUGUGUAUCAGUUCCAAUCGUUCUCCCAGUACAGGGCUAAUCUUGCUAAUAAGAGCACGGAGGAGCUCGAGAAUUUAGCUACUCAUCAUAAGAUUUGGGAUGUCCUGUGUGUUCUCAAUGUUCUUCAUUAUCUGGUGGACAAAUCCAAGAUUAAGAGCCAGUUGGAGGUGUUCGCCAGUGGUGGGGAUCCUGAUUCUGUUGCUGGGCCCUUCGGCAAGCAUCCACUUUACAAAAUGCUGGGCUACUUCGCCCUGAUUGGUCUCCUGAGACUUCAUUCACUCCUCGGUGAUUAUUACCAAGCCAUCAAGGUCCUGGAGAACGUCGAGAUCUACAAGAAGAGUGCGUACUCCCACGUUCCUGGCUGCCAAAUUUCAACUGCUUACUACGUGGGCUUCGCCUACAUGAUGAUGAGGAGAUAUUCCGAUGCCAUCAGGACUUUCUCCGGAAUUCUCCUUUACAUUCAACGCACCAAGCAGCUGUUCACCACUAGGAGCUAUCAGAACGAUCAGAUCAACAAGCAGACUGAACAGAUGUAUCAUCUGCUGGCUAUCUGCCUUGUUCUUCAUCCUCAGUGCAUUGACGAGGGACUCCAGCAGCAACUGAGAGACAGGAAUUAUCACGAGAAGAUGUACAAGAUGCAGUAUGGAGAUCUGGCGGAGUUUGAGGGGUGUUUUACCUUUGCCUGCCCCAAGUUCUUGUCGUCUGUGCCACCCAGUCCUGACAGCGAGAAAGAGGAUUAUACUAAGGAUCCUAUCAAACAUCAGACACAGGUCUUCAUGGAUGAAGUUAUCCAGCAAAAAAUGCUUCCAACAAUCAGAUCCUACCUGAAACUCUACACCACACUUCCACUGAAUAAGCUGGCUACAUUCAUGUGCAGUUCCAGUCGUCCUGACGAGAACUGGGAUCUUGAUAAAGAGGUAGCUGGCUUGACAAUUCAUCUCCUCUGUUUCAAGCACAAGAUGAAGAAUAUCGUGUGGACCAAAGGCGCAUCUGGCCUCGAUGGAAAAUUCCAAUCUGGCUCUGAGUUGGACUUCUACAUUGAUCACGAUAUGAUCCACAUCGCUGAUACCAAGGUGGCACACCGUUACGGUGACUUCUUCAUUCGAAAAAUUCUGAAAUUCGUAGACUUGAAUCGUAAAUUGCAUCUUUUUAAAAUUUAAUGGUAGUUUCCAAUUCUGUACGUUUCUAUGAUUUUUUUUCACCAGAAUAAGAAGAAACAAGUGUCCGGGUUAAAUAUAUUCAGUGAAGCAACCUUUAUUUAUCAUCCUCAAACACGAUCAUUUUGCAAAAAAGGAGAAACAAUUAACAGUUACUAUUAACGAUAAUCAAUUCUCAUCUCAUUCCUUCUGAUCGAGAAUUAACACUUUGUGUUAAAAAAAAUAAUACAAAUACAUUCUGUUUUUCCCAA